AUGCUGUCGUUGUUGCAGACUCUCGAAACCAGAGAUGCAAAAGUUGAUCGUGACCUGCGAUUGCUAUGCAACAAGGAUUGGUCUGCUACAUCGAUGGGCCCAAUGUCCUCAUGGCCACAGGAUUUAUUAACCCUUAUUUAUGUGGCAAUGCUCUCGCCUCAGCCACAACUCUUCUUUCUGGGUAGCGAGCAAAUCUUCUUGUACAACACCGCCUACGGUUCUAUCCUCCGCGACCAUCAUCCUGCAUAUUUUGCGCAGCCCUUUGCAACCUUGGAUCGUCUGCAACCCCAAGCUGGCGCUCUCGACCAAAUCGUCAAGGAUGCUAGCAAAGGUAGCGCAUCUGCUAGACAGAUGGACAAGCUGACGUUUCUGGACAAUGGCGGUGAAAUUGAAGAAGUUUUCUUGACGGGAACCAUGGUCAAACUUCCACCGCAUCUGCCAGGCUACCAUUCGACCCUCAAUGACACAACAUGCUCAGUGGUCACAAAAAGAAGGAAUGAAUUUCUUACCGCAUUGAAGGGUUCAUGCUAUCCAACGAACGAUCUACCAGCACUUUUGGAAUCUGCGCUCCGAAAUUUUAGCGCUUGGGACAUCGAUUUUCCCUUUGCAGCAGUGUACAAAACCGAAGACCAGUCGAUCCCAGAGAGUGUGCUUGACAGUCCGCGACGCGAUGAAGGCGAUGUCAGCCUGCGCCUGGCAGGCAGCGUGGGCGACUUUGACAGCCCUUUGCCAGGACUUCUUGACCUUGGAACCCUGGACGAUAUGUUGGCACAGCGCAUGCGAGAAGCUAUCACGUCUCGAGAACCCGUUACUAUCAGGGCCACGGAAGAUGUCAUGCUGGCUGACUGGUGUCAAGCAUCAAGGAACCGCGGCUAUGGCGACAAUUGCAAACAGGCGGUUAUUUUUCCACUAAGCUAUUCGGCCUUCCAUAGUGUGAAAGCUGUGGUGGUAGUCGGUGUGGCACCGCGCAGACCUUUCGACGAGGCGUAUCAGUCAUGGAUCCGAGAGGUGCAAAAGUGUAUAGCAGAUUAUGCUUUCACAAUAGCAUGCGUCGAGUCGAAAGAGGUUGAAAGACGAAAAGCAUCAGAUCGAGCGCGUGAGGAGGCCGAGAUCAAUUUGAGGGAAUUCCAACUUCGCGAAAGAGAGGCUAAACUAGCCAACUCAAGGAUGAAAAGCGUAUUGGCGAUGGCAGAGACUAUCGAAGUUGGGUUCUUUGACUACCUGCCGACGGGAGAGCUCAUUCAAGCCAACAAUGCAUUCUACGAAUUGAGCGGAUACCCAAAAGACCCGGAGCUCAACAAGCAGUUCACCUUUCUGGACCUCUGCAUGCCAGAAGACGCCGAGAUGAUUAUGGAAAAAUGGAACUGGCUUAUGCAGGGGAAGCCAAUCACAUUCGACAUGCGGUGGAAAAAUGAUACCCCAACCGGUCAAUGGGUUCAAGCCGCCUGCACACCAGUAUUCGACGAUAGCGGUAAUAUUAUCAGUAUAUCUGGCUGUACGACAAAUAUUAUGGCACAAAAGCUCGCUCAAGAGCAUGCCUCAAAGAAAGCCGAGGCGCUGGAACAAAUGAGACUCAGUGAAUCACGUCUGCUACAAUUCACAGACAACGCGCCCAUCGGCAUCAUGAUUCGCACGUCAGAUGCACCAUUGUACGCCAACAAUAGCUGGUUCGAAAUGACUGGUCACUGCAAGACCGCAUCCUCAGACGUGGAUCUCCUAUCUGUUUUCUAUCCCGAGGACCUUCCAAGAGUUUUGGAAGUACGCAAUGAGAUCAUAGAGCAGAAAAAGGCUGUUGAAUUCCGGACUCGACUGAAGAAGACUUGGAGUAGCGUUGACGGCUCAUUUAAAGGGCAGGCGUGGGUUUCCAUCAUAGGUUUCCCAGAAUUUAGUGAAGAUGGUACCCUAAAUCGGAUGAUGUCGACGUGGACUGACGUAUCGCAUUCAAAAUUCUCGGAGCACAUGCAGCGGAAAAGGCUUGAAGAGGCCAUUGAAGCCAAAAAGAGGACUGAAGCUUUCAUCGACAUCACAAGCCAUGAAAUUCGAAAUCCGCUUGGAGCGACAGUGCACUGUGCUGAUCUUUUGAAGGAGUCCUUGGUGGAGAUGAGAAAGCUUAUCGAUACGCUCGAGAAAGAGAAAGGAGAUGUUAACAGUUCUCAGAAAACAAAAGCACGGCUAGAAGAACAUCUCAAUGGCGGAACCGAGGCUGUCGAUACUAUCAUCUCCUGCUCCAUGCACCAGAGGAAGAUUGCAGAUGACAUACUCUCCCUCAGCAAACUCGACUCCAACCUUCUCCAGGUAGCUCCGAUCACAGUCCGCGCUACAGAGAUGUUGAAUAACGUGGCGAACAUUUUCGCUGUGCAAGCCGAACGUGUGGGGGUCAAACUUCAAACUCAGCUGGAUAAGUCUUUGAGCGAUCUAAACAUUGACUGGGUCGUUGUAGACUCUGGUCGCAUCAGUCAGGUCUUAGUCAACCUUGUGACUAAUUCAAUCAAGUUCACAAAGACUUCCGAGAACGAGCGUACAGUUAUUGUUCGUCUCGGAGCAUCUAAAGAACGGCCCACCAAUCUGUCGGUGACCUACGCGACCACAGAAAAUCCCGAAGCUCGCGUGCAACCAGAACCUGUUACGGAUGCAACCUUCUACCUCUGGUUCUCGGUCACUGAUACUGGUUGUGGUAUGAGCGAGGAGGAGCAGAAACGCAUGUUCAACCGUUUCUCUCAAGCUUCUCCUAAAACGUAUACCCAAUAUGGCGGCUCUGGGCUCGGACUGUUCAUCAGUAAGAGGUUGGUUGAACUCCAAGGCGGACAAAUAGGUCUAUCAUCACAAGUAGAUGUCGGCUCCAGAUUUGCCUUCUACGUUCCUGCAAAAGAGGACGCACAAUCUACCGAUAAACUACGACCCGACAUGGCGAUUCGCACGAAAUCCAAGACCCUCAUUCCGACAGCAGUCAAUGGUACAAGUGCUGGCCAGCGCUCGUCGAACUAUUCGGUCCUGGUGGUUGAGGAUAACUUGGUCAACCAAAAAGUGCUUCAGAAACAUCUGACCAAACUUGGUCACAAAGUGCAAGUCGCAAAUCACGGACAAGAGGCUCUGGACUACCUUGCGACGACGAGUCUCUGGAAGCAAGAUAGCCUAAAUCCUUCGAGGAAUUUACAAGACGUGGACGUGGUUCUCAUGGAUAUAGAGAUGCCCGUCAUGGAUGGUUUGACAUGCUCCAGACGGAUUCGUGAAUUGCAGGCUUCCGGAGACAUUGUCAGCCACAUUCCCAUUAUUGCUGUCUCGGCGAACGCGCGAACCGAACAAACGAAACAAGCCUACGAUGCCGGUGUGGAUGGAUUCAUCGUUAAGCCAUUCCGGAUACCCGAGCUAACGUCUGUAAUCACGAAAUUGGUGGACAUCAAAGAGCACUCUAAAAGUCUUUCAUCAUAG